AUGGCUUACAAUAACAACAACCAAUACUCGGGCUACGGCGGAAACCCUUACGGCGAUGGAGACAACCCUUACGGCAACGAGGGCUACGGCCAGGCAAACCCCUACGGACAGUCGUAUGAAUCAAACUACUCGGCCAUGACUCAGGACUCGCAAUACAGCACAACGCAAGCUGCCGGUGUAUCUGGUCAACACCCCGCUGGCGUGGUAGCCACUGGUACUCAGGCCCCAAUGCAACAGGCAGCUCCCACUGUCCUCAGCAACCAGGAUUUCUUGUCGCGCGUCGAGGCUGCCAAAGCCGAUAUCCGUCAAUUGACCCAGUACAUUUCCGAAAUUGCCGCAGCCCACCAGCGCACUCUCAACAGCCCUGACGCUUCCUCCAACUCGGCUCUGGAGUCCAUCAUCACCCAGACGCAGGUUCUCAACACCUCCAUCAAGGAUCAGAUCAAGUUUUUGGAGACAGACGCAGCCAGAAGCGGUCGCAACAACAACAUCAAGAAUAGUCAGGUCGGCCAGCUCAAGACGAGCUUCAAGAAGCAGCUCGAAGAGUACCGUAACGAGGAGGCUAGCUACGAGCGCCGAUACCGUGAGCAAAUUGCCCGCCAAUACCGCAUUGUCAACCCUGAGGCUACCGAUGCCGAAGUCCAAGAGGCCUCUAACGCCGAUUGGGGUAACGAGGGUGUUUUCCAGACUGCUCUCAAGACCAACCGCUCGGCCACUGCCAGCACUGUUCUCGGUGCUGUGCGCGCUCGUCACAACGACAUUCAACAGAUUGAGCGUACUUUGAUCGAGCUCAACAAGCUCUUUGAGGAUCUUGCCGAAGCCGUCGUUAUCCAAGAGCCCAUGAUUCAACAAGCCGAGCAGCACACCGAGAACGUUAAGAAGGAUACCGAAGCUGGCAAUGUUCAACUCGAUAAGGGCAUCAAGAGUGCUCGUAACGCUCGUAAGCUGAAGUGGUGGUGCUUGCUUAUCACUCUUCUCAUCAUCAUCAUCGUCGGUCUGGCAGUCGGUCUUACUCUUGGUCUGCGCAACAAGAACAACAACAACCCCGCAUAA